UGAGUGACAGUUCAACUGCAUAUAGUUGUCACGGAAUUUGUGUCAUUCACAAAGUGUGAUUUGUUGGGAAAUAGUUUUUGAAUUGAUGUUCGCGAAGAAGGCAUUGGAUCUGUAUAAACUAGUUUUAACUGUUGAAUUUCGGUUCGUAGUGGGUUUAAGAAUUUGGGGUACUUUAAUCUUCUGAUUUUUCAGAACAGGAACAUAGUUACGGUCAGAUCUAUUUGACAUCGAUAUGCCUCAGCAGUUUAUGAUAAUGAACAAGGGCUUCCUUUCUUCCCUUCUCUGUUCAAGAUUGUGGUCAUAGAUAUCAAAAUUAGGUAAACAAAAUGAAAUUGACAACUAAAAGGUGCUUACAAUCAGUAAACACACUGAAGCCAUCACAAGUCACGAAUAUCUUCACAUGUUACAGAUGUUUGGCACAACGAGUGAUGUACCUGUUUCUUCAUUAAACAUGUGAUUAAUUUUCUAUAAUGGCUGCUUCUUCAAAUCUGGAUGGAGCAGUAGGUGCAGCUUCUGAGUCAAAGAGCUUCUCAGAAAAUGGGAAGAGUUCUUCCACUCCCAGUGAUGACGGUCAUUCUCGAUUUGGGCUGAAUAUGGGAAUUGGUGAACUACUGCAGAACUGGGGUUUACUGAACCUUAGUCCCUUCCGUCGCAAGCCUAGUAAACCUGGAACACCAUCUCCCUUAAAUCAGUCACCGCAGAAACAGAUGCAGGCCCCUAGUAAAACAAGCCCAGAUGUAGAACACAUUGAACUGGUGCAACUCUCAAAUAUCAAGGUUUCAGAUGCUUUGUGGAAGAACAUUCACAGUAACCUGGCAAUGCCUGGUGAUGUGUUUUUUACAAAUAUGCCAGGAGUGAUUACAUCAAAACCACUUCUGCAGAAACUUGAAGGAGAGCAAGGAGUUUGUAAUAUGGAUUUCAUUCUCAUGGAUAGGCGGCCAAAAACUCAAGAAACUAAGCUGAGAAAUUCCUCAACUUUUGUUUGGACACAUGAAGAGCCGGUGGAGGAAGUGGAAGGAGGCAAAGGACAUGAUUUCUCCCAGGCACACUGCAACUAUCCAACAUGGUGUGACAUGUGUGGUGAUCUACUUUGGUGCUUAUAUGAGACCAGCUACUUGCGCUGCAGAUACUGUCAUUAUACCUGUCAUCCUCAUUGUCAAAAUUUGGUAAAGCUUGACUGCCGUGGCGAAAAUGAUGGCGAAACAGGAGGUGCCGCUUUACCAGAUCCAGAAUUGGAAAGUGUGGAACAUGUGGUUCAGCUUGAGGAGAUUUCCAAUCCAAGUCUAGAACCUUUACUUCAGGAAGUUUCUUCAGAGGAGGAUUCUGGAUUAAACUUGAGAGUUAGCCACGAACAUCUACAACAUCUAAUCACGGAAUAUAAUGCUGCCAACCCUUCAGGUCCUGAUAUGACAUUGGAAGAAGAUGGCUCCACAUUCCGAGGGUUUAUCCGAGUACACAUGAAUUUGUGUCGGCCAAUCAGUGUUGUGGCUGGUACACGCCCACCUUCCAUUUAUGAUAUUCUUAAAGAUGAUGAAACUCUGGAGAAAACCCUUACAUCUUUCUAUCUACCACGUGAUACAGUGAAGGCUCUUCAUGUUACAAGUGAAACAACCACACAUGAAGUGAUCAAAGCACUUCUAAAGAAAUUCAAGGUGGUUGACAAUCCCCGGAAAUUUGCUUUGUAUGAACGGCACUAUGAACAAGGAGAAACUGCAAAAGUCAAAAUGCGUCGAAUCGCUGAAAGUGAAAAGCCACUUGUUCUUGCACUUCGAUGGAGUAGAGAAGAAAAUUGCAACAAGAUGUUUGUCCUUCAGGAAAAUGAAACUGGUGACAUAUUGUGGGAAGCAUUUACUCUGCCAGAACUGAACAACUUUUUGCGCAUCCUGGACCGGGAAGAAGAGGAGUACAAGAAUAUUGUGCGAAAGAAAUAUCAGUUUUUGGGAAGUAAAAUUCAGGAAGCAAUGGAUAGACUGCAGUCAGUACAACAGCGGCACCGGGUCUCAAAGGUUCAAGGGGUUGGGGAAGGAAGUGGGGGCUCUUGAACAUAGGCUGAAAUACUUUUGCAAUAGGAUUUUCUUCUAGGCUGUUAUCUACAAAGUAGGUAAAUGUACCUACAAACACAAUAGCUGACAAGCAAUGUAACAAUAGUGAGAAAAUUUUAGUAUUUUUAGCAAAGUGUAGGCAAGGGUACAAAGUCAGCAAAUGUCAACAUUUUAUUAUUUUGAUAUGACUAAGAUGUAAUGACCAAUAUUAUUAUACUGUGUUAUAUGUGGAAACUUUUCACAUAAGAAGAAAUUUUAUAUAUAUAUUAGGAGAACAUAAUUUGUGCUGUUCAUGUAAUUUGUAUUGCACACUCAAAGGCUAAAAGACUGGGUACUUUAUUAUUGUUACUGUGUUUGGAGAAACGCGACUUUUAUUUAAAAGUGCGCACGUCUUGGAAAUUUUGAAGCACCUGUUGAUAAUUUGUGUUCUUCCAGUGUAUGUAGUAAUCCUUUUUCCUUUGCUCACGUAUAACAUGUAUGUUUGUUUACAUCACUUAGAUUUUGUUUCUUCAGGUUAGUGAAGUUCAUUUGGAUGUAAUAUAAUUUCCCAAUGCUUUUAUAUCUUUGAGUCACUGUUUGUGAAGGGAGAGUAGUUAGAAAAAAUUUAAUUGGGUUUUAUUUUGUUAGCUUCCAUUGUUGAUAAAUUCUUGUUGAAAACCAGAUAUAGUUUAGUAAGAUGACUCAUUAAUAACAAAACUGUUGUCAAUCGUGAUACUUCCUAAAAUUUGAAUAGAUGGUAUGAUUUAAAUUCUUAUUUACAUACAAAAUCCAGUUUUAACCAUGUGAUAUCAAAUUUAUUUUUAUUUCUUGUAGAACUAGGCCUUAAAAUUCACUAUAAGUUACGUUUAUGUGUAAAUUUUAUUGGUUUGUGUGACCAUUUGUGGUUGUCCAUUGUUGUAACAAUUUAUUUUGCUUGUUGUAAUUGUGUCAAGGUUUCAUACAAUUUGCAUACUUUAAGAGAUAAACCAGAUUAUGUGAAUAACCAGAAAAUAACAGGAAAAUUCCUUCCCUGAUUAUUCACAAUCCAAAAUUAGUGAGAUGAAAUGAAGCGAAUGGAUUUGUUGUUUUUUGUUUCAGAUCCUCUAACUCACUGUGAAUAGUUUUGACAUUUUCAUUGUUUUGUAUGUGAGAUGAAUGUAUACUGGUCCUUCUUGUUUGUAAAAAAGUAUUAUUUUUUUAGGGAAUGUAGACAUUUGUACAUUGUUAAUCUAUUUAGUGAAUCAUGUUAUCUAUAUGGAGUUACAUUAAAUGGGAUGUUGUGAAGGCUUUUUCCCUCAGAUAUACAAUGCUGUUGAACAGAUUAAUCUAUAAUCAAUGUUGACUUUUUUCCCCCAUUGGUGUCAAGUACUAAAAGUUCCUAUUGUGCAUUCUUAUCGUGGUUUCAAGUCAUAAAAUCAAGAGCACUGUGUUAAAUUACUAGUAGUUUUAUGAGAGAAUAUUUUGUGUCAUUGUUUCAGCUGAGCAUGCCUGCACCAUGCAAUGGGUUUCUGAAGGAAAUACUGUGUUGUACCACAUCUAAGACCCAAUCUUACAGCAUUGGCAUGCAUGAUUUUAUGUAGUGGCAUAAAUAACAGAAAUACAAGGUAGGUCAUUCUUGAAUAUGGGCCAAUGCUGUAACUUAAAGACCCUCAGUGCUGUUCUAAAAGCAAUAUUUCAUUUCUGUUUCUGUAUAAAUUUGAAAGGUAAGUUUAAAGGUCUAAAGUACUUGAAAGGCACUUUUUUAUUUUGAAGGUUAUCAUUAAGUAAUUGUAUUUUAAAAUAUGCCAUAAUUAAUUAUACUCUUAAGUCUCACAUUGUUGUCCAUUGGCCUUGAUAGCUGAUGAGUAAGUAGUGCACAAAUUAGGCUAGUGCCUUGAAUAUUGCCUAAUAAAAUGUUCCCUUUAGAAACGGUUUUAAAUGGAUGACUUUACAUGUUCUCUGUUGUUAAAUGACAAACUAGAAAGGAAAACUUCUCCGUAAGUGAACUGUUGUCAAUUUUUUGAUCAUGAGUAAUUCCUUGGACUCAUCAUUGCUAGAUUUUAAAAAGUUUAGCAUUUGUCUGAGUUUUCAGUGAAACCUGACUUCAGAAGCAAUAAUAUAAUAUUGCUUAUACAAGUUAUAGGAAAGAACCAAAAGCUCAAUAAAUUUAGCCUUCUUGAA